AUCAUGGAGGCAGAUAUAAUAGCAGAUCUUCGAUGCAAGCUCAAAGAGGUUGAAGAAGAGCGACUAAAAGCUGCACAGUAUGGUUUACAACUAGUGGAGAGCCAAAGUGAACUGCAGGAUCAAUUGGAUAAAUGCCGUAAUGAAAUGAUGACCGUGACUGAGAAUUAUGAACAAGAAAAAUAUACUCUUCAGAGAGAAGUUGAGCUCAAGAGUCGGAUGUUAGAAAGUCUGAGCUCUGAAUUUGAAGCUAUCAAACAGCAACAAAAAAUGCAGCUGGAGAAAUUAGAAGAACAGCUGAGCAGAAGCCAUGGACAGGAAGUGAAUGAACUGAAAAAUAAGUUAGAAAAACUGAAAGCUGAAUUAGAUGAAGCUAGGCUUAGUGAAAAGCAGCUGAAGCACAAAGUGGAUCAUCAAAAGGAACUCCUCUCUUGUAAAUCGGAGGAAAUGCGAAUAAUGUCUGAACGUGUACACGAAAGCAUGUCUUCAGAGAUGCUCACUCUUCAGAUUGAGCUGACUGAAGUAGAAAGUAUGAAGACCACCCUCCAAGAAGAAGUGAAUGAGCUACAGUACAGACAAGAACAACUAGAGCUUCUCAGUACUAAUCUGAUGCGCCAGGUAGACCGGCUUAAAGAAGAAAAAGAGGAGCGAGAGAAAGAAGCAGUUUCUUACUAUAAUGCCUUAGAGAAAGCUCGUGUAGCAAAUCAGGAUCUUCAGGUGCAGUUAGACCAGGCACUUCAGCAAGCCUUGGACCCUAACAGUAAAGGCAACUCCUUGUUUGCAGAGGUGGAGGAUCGAAGGGCAGCAAUGGAACGUCAGCUUAUCAGCAUGAAAGUCAAGUACCAGUCACUAAAGAAGCAAAAUGCAUUUAAUAGGGAGCAGAUGCAAAGAAUGAAGUUACAAAUUGCCACACUACUACAAAUGAAAGGGUCUCAAACUGAAUUUGAACAACAGGAACGGUUGCUUGCCAUGUUGGAGCAGAAGAAUGGUGAAAUUAAACAUCUUUUAGGUGAAAUUAGGAAUCUGGAGAAAUUUAAGAGUUUAUAUGAAAGUAUGGAAUCUAAGCCUUCAGCCAACUCUGGUGCUCUGGAAGAUGACACCUAUUACACAGAUUUACUUCAGAUAAAGCUUGACAACUUAAACAAAGAAAAUGAAAGCACUAAAGGUGAAUUGUCCAUCCAGAGAAUGAAAGCAUUAUUUGAGAGCCAGCGGGCUCUGGAUAUUGAGCGAAAACUUUUUGCAAAUGAAAGGUGCCUCCAGCUUUCCCAAAGUGAAAAUAUGAAAUUGAGAGCUAAACUAGAUGAGUUAAAACUGAAGUAUGAGCCUGAAGAGAAAAUUGAAGUGCCUGUACUCAAAAAGAGGCGUGAGGUACUGCCUGUAGAUACAGCCACCCCUACCGAUGCGUGUGCCAACAGUGCCACUGGAGAAGUUUAUAGAUUACCACCUCAGAAGGAGGAGGCACACUCCUGUCCUAGCAAUUUAGAAGAUAACAACUUGCAGUUAGAAAAGACAGUUUCUGUAAACACAGCAGGAGUCAUUCUCUCUCCUCACAAGAAUCUGCCUGUGGAUAUUCAGCCAAGGAAGGAAAAGAAAUGUGUGAAACUUAUAGAAGUUCCAGCUGACUUGGAAAUCUUAAGUGAAAGAAGUGGAAACACCCCGAACUCUCCCAGGUCAGUGUCCUCUUUCCUCCCAGGCAACGAGCAGACCUCUCCAUCUCUUCUCUAUCGCUGCAUGAACUGUGCUAUCUGUUUCUGUAUCUAUUUUCUCAGUAUUGCAUGCAGUAUAAUUCCCCAAUUUCAUAUGCCUACCUUCCGAUUUUCUAAAACUUUAAGAAAGACUAAAAUGACUGCAAGGGGAAAGGAUGCCUGAAUAAGGGAAUUAUUUUUAAAAGGAACACUUUUCUGUGUCAUGAGGCAGAAAUACCACAGUCUAUAAUAUCUCUGAAUGUUUUGUUGGUUUGAAUUAAAUGUACCGUUAUUUUUUUCCUGGUUCAGGAGGGGCCUUGAGAGGAAAGUUAACGUAGCUCCUAAAAGGGCUUUACAUUAAUCUAAGAAAUUUCAGCCUUCCAGAAAACUUGUUAGGUGUGAUUUUUUUUAUGGCUUUGAAAUUGUUUAUCCUAAGCCUUCAAGAAUGGGAUUUAGUAUCUAUUUUGACAUUUUUAAAUAUCAAAGGUAAUUCAUUUUCCAUUUAUACCCAAACUUCAAAGCCUCUAGUUUUCUGCAUAUUUAAGUUUGUGACUGAAAGAGGAAGUGUCAGACUGUAUGUCUGUAAGAAUUAAUGUUAUAAGGGCCUUAUCCCUUAAAAAUUAAAAUAAUAGAGGCCAGAAGGUAAGAGAAAGUGAGUGGAAGGGAAAAGUAGGUCCAGUGGCUGAGGUUAGGCUGGAAUUAGAAACAAGUUCUUGAUGUGUAUAGCAGGACCAAGAGUGAGCAAAAAAGAAGUGAAUGAGGAAAAUGGAGAAGGUACAAAAAAGAUGAAGGAUAUCUUUAUGCAACAGAAUGACAGAUGUAAUUAAAAUAAGUAGACAUGG